GCCUGGAGAGGAGCGGAGGAGUGCGGCGGCUGUGGGACAUGUUUGUGUGUUUGUUUGUGUUUGUGACUCAAACUGCUCUCGCGCUGGCAUGACCGCUGCGCACACAGGUUUGGGUGUGACAAACAUCUUGCACGUGCGCGCGUGGGUCAGACUGAGCGGAUGACUUGACUUUAUGAUAGGCAAUCCCAACACUCCUCCUGCUGAUGUGGUUUGGACGUUUUCUUUCUGAUUUCUCUACGCAGACCAGAUGUUUUGGACACAUUCGCACUGCGGAUGUCCAGUCUUUUUUUUUUUUUUUGCGGAUGUAGUGCUGAUGAGGGUCUAAAGUUGAACUCUUCCUCCUGAAGGUGUGAGCUCCAAAUGCAUUCGCUCCUGGGCCGGGAGAAGAAAGAAGAAGAAGCCCGGUUUGGGAUUGAUCUGGGUCUGUCUCCGGGCUUUGCGCCCCACGCUUCCACCAUGUUCAGCUGUGUGGGCUGCUUCUGGGUGCUCCUCUCCUCCGCGCUGGUCGCCGUCUGCAGCUUCAGCUUCAUCUCCCCUGCCUGGAUUGUUAAGGACCAGUUAAGGACCAGUCACCAUCACCACCAUCACAGCAGCAGCAACAACAAGGACUCCGUCAGCUUCGGACUUCUGUGGCACUGCUCGGAGACUAUGGAUCACAUGUACCGCUGCUACACAUUCGGGGGUCUGGGCAAAUUCGCAGAGAUCCCCUCCAGCUCUUGGCAGACCAGUGCGGUGCUGUGUUCAGGAGGCUGUGCUCUGCUGGCAGUCAGCUCCCUGUUGGCAAUCAUCACCAUCUUCCUGCCCAGUGGAGGAUGCGAGAGGAGGAUCUGCACCCUGGCCGGAUACAUGCAGAUGGCAGCAGUGUUCAUCAUGGCCGCCGGACUGCUGGUCUACCCCUUCGGCCUGAACUCGUCACUUGUCAGGUCAUUCUGCGGGGACUCAGACAUCUACUACGCUGGAGAAUGCCAGAUCGGCUGGGGCUACAUGCUGGCUAUUGUUGGGGUCAUGCUCACCGUCUUCUUGCCCUUUUUUGCCAAAUAUGCACCGAAGGAGCAGCUGUCCCCCACCCCUCUGCCCACGCUAUUAUAGUGCAGGGACAUCAAUUAGUUUCCGUCCUGAUAACUCUCUCUGACCUGGGCUUGAUGUCAUGGAGAGAUGCCUGUAUUCUAUUUUUAAGGUGAUGCUCAUUUGGAAGCCUCGCUCAGUAACAAAAAAUACAGUCAAAAUGCAUCUGUUAUGGAAUUAAUUCAAAAUAAGUUGAUUUAAAUGGAAUGUUUUAUGUCAACAUACUGUGUGGUUAUGAUUUUUAAACCCCUAAUCUGUCAUGAGAUUUCUGAUGUUCUACUUGUUUUAUUUCUCCAUGUAAGCUCUGGAGAUAAUGUGUUCAAAAAAUUGUGAUCUGAUUUUAUUUUAUUUUAAAAAUGACCACAAAUUUAAGCAAAACAAAGUUUCCUUCUUUACUUUGGCGGAUUACAAGUCAAUAUGUAAAACA